CGCACGUUGACUAACAAACACUUGUAAUCUUUACGGACUGGUAAAUUGCACCGGACGUCCGUCUGCGCAAUAUGGCCGUACCAGUGUAAACAAUAUAAUAAACGCCGUGUCAAGUCUCGUAUGUGUUAUAACAAUCAACUAUGAACAAGGUAGUUGUUCAUUUGGAAAUCCUUUUUCAUCAAACGUGAGCAUCUCGCAAGAAGAUUAUGAUUUUGAUUCACUCUCGAAUGAGAGGUUAGCUGCAGAUAUUAAGAAAAAAGAAAAUUGUCAAUUGAUGCUGUUAACUUUGUAAAAUGGAUAGCAUGGAUACUAGCUUAGGUUCACAAUUGGUUGAAACUAACCGAACUGAUGUACAAGAUCAAAUGCCAGUUCCCAAAGAAGAAAUUGUAGACAUACAAGCAGACGAUUCAGAUCCUGAUAUUAUAGAAGUACAUUGCAAUAUAGAUUCAAAUCGAGUGAACAUUUUCAAAAGGCAUGUGCCCAAUAAAUUCCAAAGGAUGAUUUCAAAAAAUAAUGUCAAACAUAUAGCUAAGAAGCAAUUAAAUUUCAAUAUUAAAGAGGAAAUAGUAAUUUCAGAUACUUCUGAUAUAGAAUAUGAUUCAUCAUCUAAAAAUUCGUCAAAGUCUAGCUAUUCUAUGAGGAGGAAUAAAGAAGAUAUUUCAGAUUCCUUAAGCUCCAUAACUCUGAACUGUCCAAAAUGCAACAAAACUAAAACUGUUUUUUCCACAACAUUAACAACUGAAUGUAAGGAAUGUAAAGUAAAUAUGACUUUUCUCUGUAAUCAAUGUAAUCUGAAAUAUGAGUCACUUAUUGCUCUGUAUAGACAUAAACAAAUACAGUGUAAAAAAUAUACUUCACCAAUAAAACAAUUUGUGCACAAAUGCACAAAGUGCAAAGUUAAGUAUAAAAUAUUUAAAUUAAGUAGACCUAAAAGCUGCCAUAAAUGUAAAAGCAUUAUGGCUUAUGAGUGUUCAGUCUGUGGUAAAGAGCAUUCCUCUCAUCCUGUUAUCUAUAGACACACAAAGGAUCAGUGCCAAUCAAAAAGUCGAAUAUAUUAUUGCAAUGAUUGUCAGUUUAAGAGCUCGAGCCAACGACAACUGGUACUUCACUUAAGUAGUUGUCAUCAAAAUUUAUAUUUGUUGAAUACAAGCUGUGAUAAGUGUGGCAGGGGUUUUGCUAAUCAUCUCUCUCUUAAGCAACAUAAAAACGUUUGUCGAUUGCCUUAUUAUUACUGUAAAAUUUGUCCAUAUCGGCCAAGACUGAAGGUCAGUCUUAAAAGACACUUGACGAUGAUUCACAAUAUAUCCAAAGAUGAAAUUGAGAUGAUGGUGGAGUCUAGCAUAUGUCCACAGAGUUAUAUAAAAGCAAGCGCCAUCGAUGAAACCAUAAAGAAGACAGAUGAUUUCACUCUAAAGCAAUUAAGUAACGUGACCUGCAGAGACUGCAACCAUACGCAGCUAAUAAAAAAAGGACAAAUCAAGUGCAAUAAUUGUAAAAAGGAUUUGGCAUUCCAAUGCUUGUACUGUCCGAUGCGUUUCCGAAUGAUUUCGCUGCUUCAACGCCACUCGCGCCGUAUGCAUGGCAAAGUAGAACACGUGUGUAGCAUUUGUAAAAAGCCCUUCUCGUUCCUAGGUGAUUACAACGAUCAUAAGAAAUCAUGUGGUAAAGAACCACGUUUCAAUUGCCAUUUGUGUACGUUCAAGACAAAAUACCGUCAUAAUCUCAAAGGUCAUUUGGAAAACCUUCACAAUACUAAUAGGCCGUUAUUUGUCUGUCAGGAUUGUGGUAUGGGAUACAAGACAGAGAAAGCUAUGACUCGACAUUUCGAGGUCGGGUGCAGUGGUAAUAUCAAAUUGAAGACUAAGUAGUAGUCCGAAAAAAUGGAGAUUUUGUUUAAUUUUUUUAUAAAUAUAUAACAGCUUUUGUUCUAAGAAUUGAUUAUAAUAUAUAUGUAUUCAUGCUAAUUUUAUAUCUGAUGUACACCCAACGUGGAUUGAAUCGCGACCCCCCCCAGUUAGGUUGAUAUGAGACUAUGAGUGCUACUUUCAGUCCGUAACGGUGGUUUUCAAAUCGGCCAUAGUAUAACGCUCGUUCUUAAAUUAUAUAAUUAAAACCUAAAAUCAAAUAAUCAUGCAUCUAAAUUCAUUGUUCGGCGAACAAUUAAUUUUAAACCUAAAAACAAAUUAGUAACGUUUUAGCUUUUUAUCGUAUCUUAAAACGAAUUUUCAUUUUUGAAUUUUCCCGCGGUUUUUUCGUUCAAUGCAACGACGGAAUUCUCAUACCAACCUAACUGGGGGGGGUCGCGAUUCAAUCCACGUUGGGUGUACAUAGAAGCUUAUAAAUAGGAAUUAUCAUUAAACAAACCAGAAUAUUCUCAUAGCUAUUGUAAAUUUGUGCCUUAACAAUGAUCUGAACGUGUACUCAUUGUAAGAUUAAAUAAACGCGAGAAUAAAAAUAUAUUU